AUGCUUUAUAGUCGUGAAAUUUUGAAUUUUUUGGCAAGAAAGGAUGUGAGGAAGAUUCUCAAGAGGAAAGACAGUGAUGCUGGUGAAAGAGGGAGGGCUUUGGAAGAAUUGCGGUCCUCUUUAUUUAGCAGAUUUCGCCUCUCUGAAAGCUCAAAGAAACAUGAGCAACGAUUAUGUGGCCCUGUCAUUGCUCUUACUUUCAACUUUCUGGUUGCUGUUGGCAUUAUUUUCAUGAACAAAUGGGUGCUUCAAGGAAUUGGCUUCCAUUUUCCGAUAGGUCUUAGUUUUAUUCACUAUACGCUAAGCUGGGCACUGAUGGCCAUUUUAAAAGCUUUAUCUGUACUUCCUGGAUCUCCUCCGUCAAAAUCUUCUCAUUUAUCUCUAUUCUCUCUUGGCUUUGUUAUGUCCUUCUCUACGGGCUUAGCUAAUGUUAGCCUGAAAUACAAUAGUGUUGGUUUCUAUCAGAUGGCUAAGAUUGCUGUUACACCCUCGAUAGUUUUAGCAGAAUUUAUAUGGUUUAACAAGAGAGUUUCUUUCUCCAAGAUUGAUUUGUGGGAAAAAGGCCAUUCAUGUGGGAACUGGGUGCUUUAUAAUUUUGAUCCUCAUACUAAGCAGCAUGUGGUUGCACUUACAGUUGUGUCUAUUGGUGUUGCUGUGGCUACAGUAACUGAUUUGCAAUUCAGCCUCUUUGGUGCUUGUGUAGCAUUGGCAUGGAUAAUUCCUAGUGCAGUCAACAAGAUUCUCUGGUCCACUCUGCAACAGCGGGAGAACUGGACAGCCUUGGCGUUAAUGUGGAAGACUACGCCAAUUACAUUGUUUUUCCUGGCUACUUUGAUUCCUUUCUUAGAUCCCCCUGGUGUCUUCUCCUAUGACUGGAACUUCAAAAACACAGUACUAAUUCUCGUGUCUGCUGUUCUUGGCUUUUUGCUUCAGUGGUCUGGUGCUUUGGCGCUUGGGCAGGGAGUAUCAUGCUUUGGUGGAUACAUGGAGGACAAAAAAUGGGAAGGGGAACUGUUAGGGGUGUGGUGGGUAGAUGGGAAUGGGUUCAGAAGAUUCAGUACAAUUAUCUCUUGGUUACCUGAUAAUGGUUUCUUGUUGCAAGGAAUGGUUUGCGCCAAGAAAGCUGUUAAGCAUGCUUUACGGGCGACAUCUGCUAUUUCACACGUUGUUCUAGGUCAAUUCAAAACAUGUGUUGUGCUUCUUGGAAAUUUCUACAUCUUUGGCUCUAAUCCAGGUGCAACCAGUAUAUGCGGGGCAUUCAUGGCUAUUGCUGGCAUGUCUUGUUACACAUACCUCAAUAUAUGCAAUCUAAAGCCACAGACAGGAAAAUCAUCGACACAAUCCAGAUUGAGUAAAGAAAAUGGAGAUAACCAUGAUGGCUAUGGUGGGGAAUCUGUGUAA